AUGGCAGAAGUGAUGUCUGUGGAUCAAGAUUAUGGAGAUGAUAAGAGCAGUACGGGAACCGUUGGGGGGUCUGAAGUUGAAAUCAGUAGGGCAGGGAGUGUGUCAGGGACAGUAGGGAGUAGUGGAGAGGGUAUUGGGAAGAUUAAGAAAGUUCAGAUGCGGGUGGACGAGUUCAAAGGCGUGCGUGUGGUGAAAGGAGGGCCAGGAGAUGAGGAAGAGACACAUUCACGGAGGAAGUCUAGUCGAGUGGUGAUCAAGAGGAAGGCUGAGAGUGAUGAAGAGGAAAGUGGGGAUGCCAAGGGGAAGAAGCGAAAGAAGAAGGCAGUUAAUAAUGAGGGGGAUGGCGGUGGAAAGGAUAGCGUUGUGGUCGUAGUGGGCGACAAGAAAGGCACGGCGUCAGUGGCGGCGGUCAACGUCGAUGGACCAACAACCCAAAUAGCGGAGCAAGGGAAAGAUGUCAAGAAACCUCAGAAGCCUCAAAAUCCAAAAAAGAAAGUUAUAAAGGUGAGCAAAAAGUCUAAAUCUACUGUGAUUGGCAAGAAGGAUAUUAAGUCUCAUGGAAGUAAGAAAGGUAGUUCAAAGCCAGGAGUAAAAUCCAGUAAGAACAAGGCGGCUUCCAAUGGUAAGAAUACAAAAGUGAAGCUCAAGAGCGCCACAAGUGUAGAAAAGGUAGCUGCUCCACCGGUCCAUGAACCACAGUUGAAUAAUGAAGCUUGGUCUGCAUGUGUCCCGUUGCUAUCUUCAGAGCUGAAGAACAAUACGCCUGCCGUUUCACGUUUAAAGUAUCCGCACAUGAAACCGGCGCCCUUUGCAAAGGAUCUCAUUAUGUUUAUGAAUUUCAUUAACAAGUUCAAUCAGUUCUUGCCUACUGAACUCUGGGGUAUUUCUAUCCAGGAUUUGCAGGUAGGGUUGGACUUAUAUCCAAGUAAUGGUACUGAUGACAUACAGUUCUCGUUUUACCAAGAUAUUCUGCCGCCUCGAGAACUCAAACAUUGUCAGGAUUUAGUCAAUCUAUUCUCUCUAUGUUUGAUGAAGCUAACUUUGAAUCAUAAUUCAACGACUAAUAUGAGCUCCUUGACCAAUGGGAAGCCGUUUACCAAACUUAUUCAAGAACUUAGACCGAAAGCUGUUGAAUUUGGAUAUCCACCGGAAUGGAGGCAGCAAGAUCCACCGGAUGAACUAUUUAUGAAACCGCAGAGUUCUUUGUUUGAUGAGGAUGAUUCCGAGCCUGUUGAUGAUAAAAACUCUGAAAUUUUGACUGCGAACAUCCACCACUGGUAUCAUAGACUUCCAUUGAGCCCUGAGGAAAACCCUUUAUAUACUCCAGAAUUCGAGAAAUUUGGUAUUCUUUCUUUAAGCCCACCAAACCGUCUUAUUAUGUUACGUUGUUUGGUUCAAUGGUGUCUAAGUUACUCUGAUAAAAUACAUGGUGAAAUCUACAGGCUUUCUCAUUUCAAAAAGGACCCAACGUUUGGUAUACAAACUUAUCACGUUCCAAGACACUUGGCGCAUGGUAUUGCCGAAACUAAACAACAUUUCAAAAAACUUUGCACGCUAAUGAUGAGAAAAUUGGAAAUUCGGUCUUCUAAAAAGCAUAUCAAGAAACAGUUGGAGAUUGGCAAACAGCAACAGUUGUCUGUUAAGUUAAAAUUACUGCAAGAAAUAAAGGAUUCCAUUGCUGAGUAUAAGCGUGAAUAUGAAGCGCAGAAAGCUGCUGAGGGAGACAGCGGUAAAGAGGAUAAGAAAUUUGAUCCUAUGGACGUGAGCUUAACCAGGGAUUAUGCUAAAUGGUGCGAACUAUUGCAAGGUGAGGUAUACGAUAACCCUAUGACCAAUCCUUAUAAUGAUGAGAUUUACAAAUUAAGAAACCAGGAAUACUUCAUCGGUCGAGUUCCACAUAUCGGCGAUUUUUACUUACCUCGUUUGUUUACCUACCAAAAUUCAUUAAAGAAAAAGGAUUGGAUUCCCUCCAAUUAUGUUGAUCCCGGUCAGUUGGAGCAAUUAUUUGAAGAUUUCCAAAAUAACAAAUAUAAUGUUGUAAAUUUGUUUGGCAAAAAUGCAAAAAUGAUGUCUUUGCAGUUUAAAUUGUACUAUCACUAUACCCCUGGAAUGGUCAAGGACAUUCUCAGUGGGAAACACACAAAAGACAAGGUUUACUGGUAUGAAAUGUGCCAUGAUUCUCAAACGCUACAGGAUUUUAUCAAGUUAUUAGAAUUUAAACUUGUGAAAGAACCGAAUGAAGAAGGAAGCUCUUCUGACAACCCUGAGGCAGCUAAAGAGUCCAUGAUACAACAACAGAAAGAAUUUCCGGGUUAUAACAUAAAUCCUUUGCCCAGGGAAUCAAAAUAUAAUAAAUCUCGUGCCAAGCUUCAAAUAUUAAGGUAUUACCUAGAAAAAAUGUACUAUUUUCUCCUCCGCUUUGAGCAAUUGAAAAUGCAGUAUGGUGACCUAAUCACCACUGAUAGAAACUUGAGGAGGUCUCAAAGAAGUAGAGUGAAUUAUACAGAAGAAUAUCAUGAUGAUAUUUACGAGCAGGAUGACUAUGAACCAGCAGAAGAUAUUCCCGAAGGGGAAAUAGAAUAUGACGAUGAAAUAGGUGAUUUUUCGGACGAUGACCAAGGAGCCACAGCGAAUGGUCGCCGUAGGUCAAAAAGAAUCCAUAAAUCUGGGUUUAUGUCAAUCAAAUCAACCGAAUCCAGAGCAGUGCGAUCAGCGAGAAGAAGGGCUGAUAAAAUGUGA